CUCUAUCUGAGCUCUCUGUGUGAUUCCAGCAAAGCUGCCGCAUAUUCCUUUUUAUAUUUGAUUUCAUUUUGUCCCUGCAGCUGUAGUCAGCCUUACUUUUUUGUCACGAAUGUUGCCAUUGUGGGCUGGCUUCUCCCUUUCUUUUCUCAACAAACCUCGCAAUUCAUACAUCUAUUCACAUUUUCCUUCCUCGUUUGCUAGGAUUAUCAUUGUGUUGCGUACUCGUCUCUCCUCGUCUCUCCUUGUCCAUGGCUGCACCUCCUAGAGGAGGCUCGAACCCUGAAAGUUUCCGGUCGAUCUCAAGACCACGGUACAGCCAUGACAGAAAAACGAUCGAUUCAGGUCGUCGGCGCGAUUCUUAUUCUCGGCGGCAACAUGUCGAAUGGCCGAGAGACCAUUCGGCUCGACGUUCACCACCGCGUCAAAGGCAAAGAUCUCCACAACAACAGUUGCCAGCAACGAUGACGACUCCUGAUACCUCGAUACCUUCUUCUCUUAAUGGAUCAAUUGAGUAUACUGCAAGCUUUCGGAUGGAACGUACUCCGUCAGGGAAUUCAAUCAUUUCGGAUGACGCUUUCGAGCCACGCCAUAGCGACACCUUCACCGCCUACAGCGACGAGGAGGCUGCGCGUAGGGUCGAAAUACACUUUAAACACCUCUUACCCCAUGGAAAGCAUGAACGAAUUCUUCGAAACUUGAUUGAGAGCCCAUUCCCCAUCGAUGAAAAGGCUCUCGAUAGUCUCCUGACUGCAGCGGACUGGGUCUUUUUCUGUGGCGUCCUUUCCGGUCGAGUACGAUGGGAAUGGUCGCACCCAUCCCAGGAAAGAUACAGGACGGAGCUGAUCGGGACGACGGCCUUCCGGCCCGCAGCCCAGGGCGGGUACGAAACUCUCAUUGUGCUUUCUGACCCGAUCCUCAACCAUCCCGACUAUGACCGGCGACUCCUUCUCUCCACAUUCCUGCACGAGCUGGUCCAUUGCUACCUGUUCAUCCAGUGUGGCUUCGUAGCCAAGCUGCAGGGAGGACACACGGAUGGCUUCCUCACCAUCGCCAGCAUCAUCGACAAGUGGGCCGGCAAUGGCUAUCUCCGACUCUGCAACAUGAAAGCGAACCUGGACCAUUUUCGGAGUGACCGCGCGCGAAUCGCGGAUGCGAAGAACGAGCGCCCCCGAGAUCACAGCCGCGACGCCUGCAACCACAGCCCCGGGCCGCACACUUCUUAUUUCGAGUGCGGGUGUAAAUCCCGACUAGGCUUAACAGUCUUCCCGGAUUUCUGCUGAUGGGAUCUCCCCCGGGGGAACGGGGGGACGGUCAUUUCAAUUAUGAUGAUAUAUAUACGUAGAACACGAUACCAUGGGUCUCCAAUUUGAUUGAGCGAAGCGUUUUGCAUCUUAUGAGUUACGAGCAUUUCUAGAACGAGGCAUUUUUCAAAGUUAUAGUGGAUUUAAUCACCUACCUACUCGGCGUAUACUUUCUCCUUUCCUGUAGUGUACUAAAAAAAAGAAGAUAUAUUUUAAAGGUCGUACAUCUACAUAUACCGUCUUUGAAAAAGAGCUCCAGGGCUUUGGAUUUUGAGUCUAUACGUGCUGUUUUUAAUGG